AUGGCGGCCACUGAGCGGGAUGGGGGUAACCACAACGUGCUGGACUUCAACACCUACGAGGACUACCUCGAUCAGCAAGUCACCGGCGAAGACCUCUUUUACCUUGAGGACCAAGAUGCCGCACGAAGGAUCGUGGAGCUAGGGUACAAGGGCAAGGAUGUGCUCAGCCGGGACGAGUUCGAGGCAGCGCAGCAGCUAGCCCGUACUGGCCCGCUCAAGCGACGCGAGAGCACCGAGAUCAUCACAAGCGCCGGCAAGGACGUGAGUGACAGCCCGCUACUGACGGCGCUCGCCAAGCGCGAGGCGUUGGUGCGCACCGGCAAGCUCGCAACAGUACUGUUCCUGCGCGACUAUGUAGGUGGGCAGGAGGUGUCCGCCUACAUCGACUACGGCCACCGUCUGCGCAGCGAGAACUUUGAGGCGUACUUCAAUAAGGAGAAGAAGUUGCUGCCGAAGCGAAGCGACCUCAGCUACUACAACUGGAAGACACACACACUCUUCUACAACAACAGCCCAACCUUCCAGGUCCUCGCUGACAGCUCACUGGGGCUCGUCAUGAAGCACAAGCGCGACCGCAAGGCCAUCCACGUAGACCCAAGCUCACCAUCACCUGGCGAAAACUGUAGUCGGACUGUGGUGCCGUGCAAAGACUAUCUCCAAGUUGUCAUCUACGACCACGUGACACGGCGCAAGAACUGA